AUGCGUUGUGGAGGUCGUUGGAUUGUGGAGCGGAGUGAUGGAUUUGUUAUUGAGGUUGAAAAGCCUGGUGUGUCUGUUGUCUUUGGGAGGGACAUAGGACUCCCGUCCGCGCAGAGGAUGGAUGGCAAGUACGUCUCUCGUCAGCAAUUUUCCGUGGAGUGGAAAGCAUCCUCGCUCCACGUUCGGCAGCUUGGGAAAAAUCCAACGUUUUACUCGAUGGAGUUUCACACGCUUCCAGGUGACGGAACUGCGGAAAAGGAACUGGUGUGCUGCCGCGAAGAGGAGACGAGGGAAGGAAAGCAGAUGGGUGACGGUGGGAAGGGUUUGAACGUCAUUUUAGUACCACCCGUGAGCAAUGAAAAUUUUUUGGCCUCUUUGCGAGGUGGUGCAAAGGGCAUUGAGCCCGCCACGCUUCACUUCCCGGGGGAGUUAAAUUUGCCUCGUUUUACUGUGCGAUAUGUUGUUGCCGAUGAAAAGAGCAGUGAGGAGAAGAUCUCGCGUGAGAUGCUCACUGUUCCACUUGGCUCCUCAAAAAGCGACGAGGUGGAAGAGGAUGAGCGUGCUAACCAACCUUGGAUGACCGGAAGUUGGCGGGGGAUCCUUGAUUCGGUUCUCCAUGAGCAGCAGCAGCAGCAGCAGCAGGCGGAACGAUGA